AUGAGAUUUACAUUUUUAAAUUUAGUUUAACUUCUUUCACUUUAGAUGAGAAACAAUAUAAAAUUUGUGAAGCUAUUAAUGAUAAUUGAAUUUACAUAAAACAUUGCUUUAUUUUUCCCAAAACAUGGUUGGGGAUAAUUAUAAUAUGAGGAUAAAAUGCUUAAAGCAAUUUCAUAAUUUACUAAUUAUGCCCUAUUUUUAGAUUAAGAUGGUAAUUAAUAUUCAUUUGAUGUCUUCAUCAUAUUUCUUUCAUUUUUAUCAUUCAUUAUUUUGCUUUUUUCAUUUAUGUUUCAUUAGAAGGAUGUAAUAAGAUAAUUUAUAAACUAUGCUUUAACUAUAUUGAAUAAAAUACUUAAGUUUCCACUGAUUGUUAUUUAUAGUAAAUUUUUGUAUAACUAUUCAGAAAAUGUGGGAUUUUUUAUGAUAGGAUGUUUUACUUUUGCAUUAUUUUUGGUUUUAUUAGGUUUGAUAACAUAUUUUUAGAGAGAUAUUUAAUGCAAUUUAAGCAAAUUAAAUGUUCCAAUUUAUCAUUUUUAUUCUCCUGUUUUAUUUAUCAUACAUAUAAUAGAUAUAUUUAGAGUUUUAGUAUUUACAAUAUUAAAUUCAAACAGUGGAUAAAUUUUGUUUUAACUAUUAACUAUGAUGAGAAUGAUAUUGAAAUAAUAUCAAAAUUUAUAUGAAUAAAAUGAUUAAGAUAAAUCUAAUUAAAGUCUAAUCUUAUGCAAUAUAUUUAUUUCUAUAUUUCUACUUGUUGGAAUAAGUACUUAAUUAGAUGAAAGAUUUAUAUUUAAUAUAUUACUUUAUUCAUCUACUCUCAUUUAUUAUUUAUUUACUUAAAUUAACUUAUCUUUGAUAAUUUAAUCAAGUAGUUUAUAAUACUUAAUUUAGCAAAAAAUGAGUGAAAAAAAAUUAUUUCUUAAUAAUUUAAAUUGUAAUCUUGAUAAUAAUUAUGUAUAAAACCUUAUUUAGUCCUGUUUACUGGAUGAGAUUUAUAAUUAUACAUCAAAUGUUACCUCUCUAUAAUACUAAUCUAUUUUUUAGAAAGAAGAUAAUAUAUUAAUAUUAUUUGACUUUUUAGUCAAAUAUUCAAAAAGAUAUUACUUAGCAUUAAAUCUUCUAUAUAAGUUUGAAAGUAAUCAAACAAAAUUAUCCUAUUUUUAUACAAAGAUCAGUACUUUAUUGAAAUCAUAAGUUUAAAAAGAUUUUGUACAAUACAACUAAUUUACAAUAACAAUUGAAAAUCUUAAUAGGGAUGCUUUAAUUGAAUCAGAAUAUGAAAAAAAAAUUUUAGAAAUUUUAUAAAAAUAAAUAGAAUUUCUCAAUUAUCUAAUAUAAGGGGCUUAAUGUUUUAAUGAAAUUGAAAAAUUUAUUAUAAAUUUAUCUGAAAAUAUUUAAAAUACAAAAUAAUGGUUAAAGAAAAAUAAGAUUUACAAAAAUAGAAAUAAUUUUCUAUUUUUAAAGAUUUCCAUCAAUUUUAAUAUUUAAAUUAUGUAAAAUCUGAUUAAAGGAAUUAAAUUAAAUAAAAUUUUGAACUAAUUAAUGACUACUGACACCAAAACUAUUAGUUAAUCAGAAAGAUUUAAAGAUGAUUCAAUUAUAGUGCCUGUAAGUAUAAUUAAAAAAAGAGGUUUUAUUUUAAAUUCUAAUAGUUAAAUAAAUAAAUUUUUUGGCUUCUCUAGAAAGGAUACUAAAUUAGAAACUAUAGAGUAAUUAAUGCCAAAAGCGAUAAAGUCUAUUCAUAAUUAAUUCUUAGAAAGUUUUAUUAAUAGAGACAAAAUAUCAAAUCAUUAAUAAUCUUAAUUAGAAGUACUAUAAAAAUAAGAAAACGAAUAUCUUUAGUGUCUUUAAAUUAACUUUAUAAUAAGUAAUGAUUUCUCAGAUUUUAUUUUAUUAUCUUUAAUAAGAAAAGUGAAUAAAGAUAAAAUAUUUAUUGCAUUUGAUAAUUCUGGAUAAAUUACAGGAGUAAGUUAACAAUUAAAUGAUUAUUGGCCAUAAAUUUUUGAAUAAAUGUAGUUCUAUAAUUUGAUAUAAUAUUAUUGUCCUUAAUUGUUUGAAUUGUUAUCAAAUGUUGAUUCUUCUAAAAUAUUUGAUCUAAAUUUUAUAUAUAGAUCUAAAAUAUAAAAAAUAGAUACAUAAUUCAAAAAUUAUAUCAAACAAGAGACAAAUUUCUAAAAAUCCUAAUGCUUUAUUGAUAAUAUUUAUUCUGAAAGAUCUGAUUAAUUAUAAUUACUGAAUUCAAAAUAUUAGAAUAUUGAAUAAGAUUCAUUGAGCUUUAAUAUAUUAGAUGUUCUUUAUCAAAAUUAAUUAAAUGCAAUAAUGAAUUUAUAUGCAGUAUUUAUUUUAUUUUUAUUUUUUAGACAGAAAAUGAUAAAAUCUUUCCAGUAAAAGGUUUAAUAAAGAAAGUUCAAUUAAAAGAUAAAAUAAUAUAAUAUCAAUUAGAGCUUCAUUUUAAUGAGAUAUCAAAAAAAAAUGAGAAAGUUGAAACAAAAAGAGAUUCAAAGAGAAACAUGUAAACUUAAAAAAAUAAAUCAUUUAUUGAAGGAAGUGAAGUUGGAACAGAAUUAAAAGCAACCUUCCUUCUCCAUCAUGUUUUAUUAAAAUAAAAGAGUAAUGUUCCAUUUAAAAAAAUAUUAUUUUACAAAUUUCUUGUAGUUUUGCUUCUCAUCUUAUUUUUAAUUUUGUAAAUUUAUUAAAGUCAAAAUAAUGGCUAGACUAAAAUUAAAUUGACACAAUACAUUUAUGCUCCUUAAUUAAUGGUUAAGUUUUACAAUGAUGCAUUUUAAUUGGGAUUUCAUAAAUUAAUUUUUUAAAAUUUGUAAACUUCAUAAUAUUUACAAAAUGCUAUUAUUACUUAAUUAAACUAUAAGUUAUAGAAGAUUAGAGAUGAAUAUGAUUUUUUACAUAAUAAUUUAAUUAAGAUUGAUGGAACAAAGGAUGAAAUCUUAUACACUUUAAAUAUAUUAUAAAGCAAAAUACAACUUACUAGUACUGCUACUUUUUCAGAAAAAAUUAGAGAAAAUAUGAUAACUUUAGUUACAUAUUCAGUUAAUUAAAUCUAAUUUAUUAAGUCCCUUCUUUUCUUUAGAAUUAAUAUCGUAUAAGCAUACAAUAUCACAAUUGAUACAAUAGAUACAUUUAGUAUUUAAUUGGCAAAUUAUUAAUCCAAUAUUAUGUAAUUUUGGAAUAGUAUACUUAUUGUUUAGCUAAUCUUAUUUAUAAUCCCUUUCUUAAUAAAUAUAAAAAAUUGGUAUAAUUUUGAAAAAAGACAUAAAUGUAUUAUAUAAAUAUUAUCUAAAAUUAAUGAAGACUAAGCUAAUAAAUUGAUUGAUUAAAAGCAAAGUUUUAUAUAGUCAGUCAUAUAAGAAAAAGGAACCUAGAUCAAAAUUCCUAAACAUAGCAAAUAAUCUAUCAACACUUCAAAUUCAAAAAUCUCUGUACCUCUAUCCUAAAAUACUACCAGAUAUAGAUAAACUUAAACACUUUAUGAAAAGAUUUCUAAUAAGUAAAUAACUAUUGUAUUAAAAUUAAGUGUGACUGUUUUUUGUUAUUUAUUAUUAGUAUUUUUCGUUAGUUUUGGAUAUUUCCAAACUUAAAUGAGUAAUUACUCAUACUAACCUAUAGAAUAAUUAGUUAAAACUUAUGUUAAAUUUCAAGCACAAUUAAGUUAUUUAGUUUCUUUUGCAUCUAUAAUGAAAGGAUAGUAAGAACUAUUAAAUAUUAUUGAGAAUAUAGAUGAUCCUGAAAUAGGAGAUAUUAAUAAAUUAUUUUAAGAUGAUUAAGUUCCAUAGAAUUUUCAUAAUUUAUCUCAAACGUAUUCAAAAAAAGUAAUAACCUUAUUUUCUACAAUUAUUUUGACAAAUCAAAUUGAUGAAAAAGAUAAAGAAAUUCUUUAUGAUCUUUAUUAAGGAGAUUUUUGUAAUUAUUAGUAAGGAUCAAUUCAAUUUUGUAAUAGAAAUUUAACUUAAUCACAAUUUGAAAAGAAAUAUGGAGAAUAUUAUGCAUAUGAAAAUAAUUCUGAUGUUUUGAGAACAGGAAUUAUAGGUUUUAUUAGCAAAUUAGAUUCAUUAUUAAAAAAUAAUUUUGAUUUGGAGAUUUCAAAAUCUAUUUAUGAUUAUAAUUAAUAAAGUCUUUUAUACUAUUUUAAAGACUAUAAUAAUCUUGUAGUUUAAUAUCCACUUAAUAUUUCUGAAGGUUUCAAUUUAUUUUAUGAAUAAGUAAAUUAUAUAUCAUCAGAUUUAAUAACAAAGACAAUGAAUAAUUUAAUCAUUUAUUACAUUUGUUUUGGUAUAUCUAUCUUAUUUAUUUAUUUGAUAAUAUCUAGUAUUUAAAUUAAAUACUCAUAAAGAAGAUAUAAAAGUUUUAUUUUAGGAUUAGUAACUUUAUCAGAUGAUCUUUUGAAUGACAAAACUAGUUUGCAUUUAUUAAAGAAAUUGAUGGAUUGA